CUCGCUCCUGCGCCUGCUCCUCCUCCUCCUCCUCUCCUGGCUGUGUCCUGCUAUGGCUUCCGUGUAUAGCGGAUCCCAUACCCUGAGCAAGGAUGAUGUGAAUUACAGGAUGCAUUUCCGAAUGAUAAACGAGCAGCAAGUUGAAGAUAUCACGAUAGACUUUUUCUAUAGGCCGCACACGAUAACCCUGCUGACAUGCACGGUGCUCAGUUUGAUGUAUUUCGCCUUCACCAGAGAUGAUGGAAACCCUGACAGUAAUCUCUGGGUGGGGCUCAUCCUGGUCACCUCUUUCUUCCUUGUCAUCAGUGUUCUGGCAUUUCCCAAUGGCCCAUUCACCAGACCACAUCCAGCAAUAUGGCGAAUAGUUUUUGGUCUGAGUGUCCUCUACUUCCUGUUCCUGGUUUUCAUCAUCUUUCUCAACUGGCAGCAGGUAAAGCAGCUAAUGUAUUGGUUGGACCCAAACCUGCGCUAUGCCAAGAGAGAAGCAGACAUAAUGGAAUAUGCUGUUAACUGCCAUGUCAUCACCUGGGAGAGAAUCCUGAGCCAUUUUGAUAUUUUUGCAUUCAGCCAUUUCUGGGGCUGGGGUAUGAAGGCCCUGCUCAUUCGAAGCUAUGGCCUGUGCUGGACCAUCAGUAUCACCUGGGAGCUUACUGAGCUAUUCUUCAUGCACCUGCUGCCUAACUUUGCUGAGUGCUGGUGGGACCAGGUGAUUCUGGAUAUUCUGCUGUGUAAUGGAGGGGGCAUCUGGCUUGGCAUGACUGUGUGUCGCUUUUUGGAGAUGAGGACCUACCACUGGGCCAGUAUUAAGGACAUCCAUACCACCACAGGGAAGAUCAAACGAGCCGUGUUACAGUUCACCCCUGCAAGCUGGACCUAUGUACGCUGGCUUGACCCAAAGUCUUCCCUGCAGCGAGUGAUGGGUGUCUAUCUGUUCAUGAUCAUCUGGCAGCUAACAGAGUUGAACACAUUCUUCCUCAAGCACAUUUUCAUCUUUCCUGCAAGCCAUGCUCUUAGCUGGUGUCGUAUCCUGUUCAUUGGUAUCAUCACAGCUCCAACAGUGAGGCAGUAUUAUGCGUACCUUACAGACACACAGUGCAAGAGAGUAGGGACCCAGUGUUGGGUGUUUGGGGCAAUUGCCUUUCUGGAGGCCUUGGCGUGUAUUAAGUUUGGACAGGACUUGUUUUCAAAAACACAAAUCCUCUAUGUGAUCCUCUGGCUAGUGUGUUUGGCCUUCAUUACAUUCCUGUGCCUAUAUGGAAUGGUGUGGUAUGCUGAAAAUUAUGGUCCAAGAGAAAAGAGCCUCUCAGAAUGUGAGGACAGUAAUUACACAGAAUCUGCUGACCAUGUGUCUGAAGCAUUUAAAGGAGAGAUGGAGGUGGAUGGAGACAGCCCUACAAUCAGACGGAGAGGGAAGGGCUCAGGAAAGACCAAAUCCAUCAAUGGCCUGGACGGCCAGUAGGAAAUGAAUCCAGAGGGUGGUGAGCGACUUCUGAACUCACCCCUAGGAGCCAGGUGUUAAGGAUCACAGGUUGAAUAGGAGGUUAAGAUACGACAACACUCCCUGGUGUAAUUGAAGUCUAGAAAGCCCCCACCUAUUGUAGAGGGAGUGGAGACAGGAGAGACUAAGUGGAUGAACAGGUCCAUGCAGGGUUAGUAGGAGUGCGCAGAGACUUGGACUACAGAGAUGCACACUAAACUGUGUGCUGUAGUUAUGAGAGCUCCUAAACCACUGAUCACAGGUUUGUGUGUAUGUGUGACAAGAGAGAGAAAUAGUGGUAUUUUGUGUGUGUGAGAGAACGAAGUUGUAAUAAAAAAGGCCGAUUCUAGAUGUGACUGCAUGAUCACUGUAGCUGUUAAACCAUAAUUUAUCCUAACAUAACAUUUAUCCUACGAUACAGUAUAUCAUUGAUGGUUAAUGUACAUUUGACUGGUUUACACCAGCCUUAACUCCAGUAUAUUGGUUCAACACAUUUCAAUGUUGAAAACAGUUAUGUAAAAUGUAUCAAAUUAAUUGGAGCAUCUACAUUCAUAGCACAGAGAGGCUGAGGUCUUUUUAUUAGUACCUGUCAUAGAUUGUCUAUUUACAUCAUAGAUGCUAACAUUUGUUCUGUGUUUAUAAUUUGAAUGUGGACAGGAUUUCGAUGCAAGACAGCUUUAGCUUGAUAGGAUCAUUGACUGAGGUUUGUGUGUGACCUGGAACAAAGCGAAGCACACAAUUUAAGCACUUUUCAGAAUGUUUUCUUGGAAAUACUGUACAUUUAGUAAUGUUUGAUUAUUUUGUGAAUCGUUGUGACCUUGGGUGGUUUUACUCUCCCUGUCCAUGUGUGGCUGCUAUCUUUUUUCUUUUUUUUCUUACUGUACUGAUAACAGAGGGCAGUUAUUCAAAUUCUUGCAUGUGUUGUCAGGCUCUUCCUGUCUGUGUGCAGGUGGUUUUGUUUUACUGUCAACCUUCUUGUUAUUGCAUCUAUUGCAUCUGCAUGGCUGUGUCAAAUCAAAUCAUGUGUUUUAGUAGGAAAAUGUUAAGAGUAGUCAUCAGAUCUUUGUAUUAUAACACACACCAAGAUGCCAGUAUUGUUAUUUUUAUGUCUUUUGCUGUAAUAACAUUUUAAUUCACCCCUUGUGCCUGUUUGCAUGUUGUUGGUUUUUUUUUUUUAUCCCUAACUUUUCUUAGUUUGUAUUAAGACUAAAUUUGGGCUUUUUGUGUUUGAUUUUUCUUUCUUUAUUUUCAUUUGCUCUGUCAGUAUCAUCCCAGUACAGAUAUAUCCCUCAUAAUCCUCGACAAUCCAGACAUUGACCUCUGUGGAAUGGACCAGGCUGCCGUGCUACAGUAGACAGUAUAUAGGGUACAUUGUCUCUGGAUUUAGAAAUCAUUUGCCAAAAACAAUUCCGCUGAAAAUGACUUGUGCUGUUCUUUUUCACUGUGAAAUAAUGAAACAUAUUAAAAUGUUUUACAUCUCCUCUUAAA